AUGCUGCCAAAGAAAAACACAGGAUAUGAUUUUAAUGAAAUUGCUAUGAAGGCUGUUUCCAUGCAAUUAUCGAAAUUGGAGGCCAUGGGAGAUGCCAUUGCAGAAAAGAUGUCAAAUAUUAACAGCAGUAAUAAUUACACUUGUAAAAAAUCUUCUCCGGUUGUCGAGGAUGUUUCCAUAGAUCCCAUUGAAAUAGUGGAACAUUUGGAUGCAUUUGAAAAUAAAUUAAAAGACAAAGAUUUAAUGAGUUUUACUCAUAAAAACUGCGAGGAUUUUUUUAAAAAUGUAAUAAGAAACUCGACCAGAAGAAGCAAAAGCGAUUUGUUAAGAACAUCAGCUAUUAAAAAAAGGUCCAAAAAACAUGCCCAAAAUGAAUCAAAAGAAAAUGAAACGAAAGAAACUGAUAAAAAUAAUAUUGCUGAAGAAGCAUUUUUAGAUGAAGAUAACGAGAUGGAAGAGCAAAAUAACUCCAUAUAA